AAACACUUGGGUGUGUGACGUCAUCGACAUGCGCCGCGCUCGUUCUGCGACCACAACAACGCCAGAAAACCCUCACUUUUAUCGAUAUCGAUAUCAGUGCAAUAUUGAUCGGACUUUAUUCGCACAGCCUCAGAGGUCCUGCUCACCUCGUACCUGAGACCGACACACGACAUUUUUCAGUGCCCAGAUUAGAAAAGUACAUCCACAGAAUCCCGUUUCCGAGAUCCAGCGCCAGCGCGUGGAUGGAGGAGUGCUGCUAGAAGCCCAGAACGGGUGGAGAGGCUCCCGGGAGGAAUGGGGUAGGGUUCUCGAUGAGGGUCCCGGCAGCAAAAAGCUCCGUUAGGGCAGAACCGGGCGAGAUGCCUGAGAAUGGACGCUCCAGGAGGAAACGGGUGCCGAAGACGUGCGACUGCUGCGGGCCCCACGGCAAGCCCCUCGCGCCGGGACACCCGCAGGUGUCCAAGAAACGCGGCCGCAGGAAGAAAGAGAUGCUGAGCCAUGAAGAAGAAGAAGAAGUGGCGGCGGAGGAGGAGGUGGUGAGCUCCACGGCGGCGGAGGAAGAGCAGGAGGUGGUGACUCUGGAAGCAGACGCCGCUUCAGAGAUGGACGAGGCUCCGUCUCCUAAAGAGAAGCCAGAGCUGUCCCAGACUGAGAGAGGGAGGGAGAGCACCGUCCUGGUGAACGGCUUGGAGAACAGCGACACCAAAGAGCUGAGCAGCUCUGCCGCACGCAAUGACUUGAUGAAGAAACCCCACACAGAGCCAGACGCAAUGGAGACCGCGCCGCCCAGUCUGAGCACUUCCUGGGACCAUCACUACUGCAGAUCCCUCGCUGAGGAGCACAGGAGCGACUCCACGGAGGACACGGGACAGCCCGCUCCACUGCCUCCGGCUGAGUUCACCACCGAGGGCAUCAUCGAGAGCAUUCACGACUUCCUGGAGCAGUUCUAUGGGAAAUACGGUAGCUUCACUCCGCUGAGUGAGACAGACGUCCUCGAUCACCUGAACAAGACGUUUCAGUCGGAUCUAAACGACAGGAUGAAGCUGAUAACAAAAGAAGUGGCCAAGUACAGGGCUGGUCUGGCCUGUGCUCCUAUGCAUUUCUUCAAAGUGACCUACAACAAGCACACUUUGACCUUAGAUGACCUUUCAACCCUUGAUGACCAAAACUGGGUCAAUGAUCAGGUGAUUAACAUGUAUGGAGAACUGAUCAUGGAAGCUACAAACCAUAAGGUUCAUUUCUUCAACAGUUUCUUUUACCGACAGUUCGUAGCUAAAGGUUAUGAAGGAGUGAGACGAUGGACCAAAAAGGUCGAUCUGUUUUCUAAGACCCUGAUCCUGAUUCCUCUGCACCUGGAGAUCCACUGGUCGCUCAUCACCGUGGACGUCUCCAAGCAAAGCAUCAACUUCUACGACUCCCAGGGCAUCCUGUUCAAGUUCGCUGUGGACAACAUCCUUAAAUACAUCCUGGCAGAAGCCAAGGAGAAGAAACAAGCCGUCUUUCAGAAGGGCUGGAAGAUGGUGGUCAACAGGAGCAUCCCACAGCAGAAGAACGACAAUGACUGUGGGGUUUUCCUCCUGGAGUACUGCAAGUGCCUGGCGUUCAUGAAGCCGCUGCUGUUCACUCAAGAGGACAUGCCACGCGUCCGCAAGAGGAUCUACAGAGAGCUGUGUGAGCGCAGACUGUCCGACGGUCUCAGCCAACACAAGACCACAUAGACUCCCCUGGACCACAGGAGAGACCCCGAGCUGGAGCUUCCCAGCGUUUGAGCCUGUCCCAUCAUUCCUGUCGCUCUGCUGGGGUACAGGUCACGUUUACCUCUACAUCGGCGGCUCAGAAAAGCCUUUCUCCAGCCGAACUCUCAGAGAAACGAACGGAAGAGAUCUCAGCAAAGGAGACAUGUUUCUGUUUCCGGCAACCACAAAGAUUUAAAACCUCACAAGCGUGUGGAGAUUUGUUUUUUACUUAUUUUAUUUUACAUUUCACAGCCAUAAGACUUGAGAUUACGUGUUUCUAUCAGGUUUCUUUUUGUAGAGAGCGUAGUUGUUGCUUUGCAGCCUGAAACUUGAAGGACGUUGUAGUUUCUACAUGUCAGACGUUGUUGAGGUGCAGGAAGCGUUUCAUGAAUGUACUGUCAAACAGCAGUAUACCUGGACAGUCUGAUUUUGUUAGCGAUACUCUUAAAGUCCUGGACCAGAUUGCUUUGUUAACAUUUGAUCGUCCUCUAAAUAUGUUCCCAGAUGUUUCUAAUGAAAACGCCGCAGGGUUGAUGUUUAACACCAGGCUGCUUGCUGUAAACCUCCAGCAUUACUCGCCCAUUCUGCUGAUUUCUCACUUCUGAGCACUUUCCGUUGUUCUUCCCAGAAUGCAUCAGCGGUUAGAAUGGAUUUUGUAGCAUGUAGAUCUGUCGUUAAUUGAAGUCAGUCAAAGGUCAUGUUUAAAUCAGCACAGCGCGGUGAAAGCUGCAGGUUUCUGCCUUUUCUAUUUAUACUGUUUUUAAUGGUGAAGACUGACCUUAACAAAUAUAUCCUCGAACACCUGCCGUUCUGUCAUUGGUUAAUACAAAUGCUGAAGGCCAAGCUAAAUUUGGAGCCAGGUCUCGUGAAAAUAAGUAUAAAUAGUGCCCCAAAUAAAAACAGAAAUGGUCUCUGGUGUGCAUAUGAUACGCAUCUCUCCCACAACCCAUUUUUGCAUAUAAACAGUACACCAAAUCGAAACAUAAACUAGAUAUUUAGAUUAAUAAGAUCAGGUUGAAAUAUGCGAGCAGGAGAGGAGAAUGCUGCUUGUUGCGGUUGUGUGUGUGCUUGAGUCAUCUUUUCUGCCUUGUGAAGCUGUUUGGUACACAAUGAUAUCAGGAUAGUAGAUUUGUACUGUUGUCAGUGACCCACCGUUCAAGAGCGAUACUGUCUUUUAGUUACUUGAACCAACGAAUCAUAACCUCAGACUACGUUUCUGACUACUAGUUUCAUCAUUAUUUAAAAAUACAGAAAACCAUGUUGAGUAACCAGUGAUGUGUGUGUUUUUGUGUUUGAAAGGAGGCGCUUAACCUUCACAAAAUGCCGAUUGUCCAACUCAAGAGGUCGCUGUUAAAUAAAGGUUAAUUUUUGCAA